AUGUUAGGGGCGCAGUCGGCUGAGACAUCUUCUCUGAAGCCAGGGCGCUAUGGGCUGCAAGUGGAGUUGCCUCUUCAUGGAGGUGCCAGUAUCUCCGUCGACAUCAUACCGGCAGUUGCAGAUCCGCAGGGCGGUCACUGGAUUUGGGAUUCCGUGGCGAAACAGCUCCUGCACAACGACCCUGGGACUAUGGCCGAGCACGUAAGAGAGGCGAUAGGCAGAAAGGUGGGCCUGGCAGAUGUCGUAGUCUUAUGCAAGUUCUGGAACAAGCGGAAAGCCGUGAAGUGCGAUGACGGCCAGAAGCGGUCACCCUUCACUUCGAAUCACCUCGAGCUGCUCUUGGCCCAGAUGCCCGGGCCCCUUCCUACGCGCUUGGAUGAGGCCUUUCUGCAGGCUUUGGGCCACUUGCGGAGGAACCUCUUGCAAACCCCGGUUCCGGAGUCUUGGACGGGAAAGCCUUCGGAAGAGUACCUCCGGCAUGAUUCGAAGCGCUGUGCCAACACACGCAGCUUGCUCAAGCGCCAAGAGGCCUGUUUGCAGAAGCUGCUCUCGUCAGAUUCGGCUGAUCCAGUGGCCUGGUCUAAAGUGCUUGGCGAUGCUGGGUGGCUGGCUGAUCCACCAGGGGCUUUCCUGGAUGACGAGGAAGCACGUGUGGAUUAUAUGUCUGAGAAGAGGAGGGGGAUGCUCGUUGGCCUGGUUCUCCGAAGCUUGCGUGGAUGGCUGCAGGACUACGUGGGCGUUGACUUGGAGAAUUCAGCCUACCAGGUAGAGGAGCUCAGUCACAACCACCUGCGCUUCGAGCUCCAGGACGUGGCUCUAACUACAGCGGUCUGGCGCUUUCUGGUGGGGCCCAUUCUUCCCCUAACGGUGGAGUCCGGCCGUGUGGACCAGGUCCGAGUCGAAGUGAACGCCGACACGUUGUCGGUGGACAUUAGUGGCGCCAGCGUGUCCAUCAGGAAACUGCAGCCCGAGGAGUGGUGUGCUGAAGCAGAAGCCUACAAAGCCAGGCUCCUCAAGGAGAAGCGCAACUGGGCCCGGGGGGCGCUGGCUCAGACGGAGCUGCGGAAGUGGAUCAAAGCUAAGAUCCGAGUCACCGUGUCGAACGCAAAGGCGGUCCUCGAGGAGUCGGACUUCAUCCAAGCCAAGGUUGCCGGAUACUGCGACUACAUCCAUGUGGCCGACCCAGACCACGAGACAUGGGCCAAUGUCGAGUCAGCCUCCCAAAGGUGCCAAGCCCCUUGGGACACCGCGGCAAGGGAUGCGCAACUUCAGAUGGCGAAGGAUGUGCUCAUCCGGGGUGUGCGGGCCUACUUCUUCUCGGACAGCGACGCCGACCGGUUGAAGGCCGACUUCGGGCGGAACGACCUCCGUGAGGAAGCGGCCCUUUGUCCAGAAAUCUUGGCCUCGGCGGCGUAUCGCGCGUGGGAUUACGGUGCUCUGCAUGACGAGGCCCUGAGCCGCAGGGCCCGGGCCGCUGCGCGCCGGGUGCUGGCGAUCCAGGCGACCGCCCGAGGCGAAGGAGACUCUGAAUCGACGUUGCCCCGUCCGCUCACCAUCACAGUCAACACUGCAAGCUACACCUUCUUGACCGGACUCCUUGCAAACAUGGACUCGCUCUACUUCCUCUGGUCCGCCGCCCUGGGGGAGUUCACGAAAGCCGCGGGUCGGAAGCCCACGGCCCAAGAGGCAGAGCGCUACAUCGAGCUUUGGCGGAGCUCGAGCACGGGAGGAGGUUUCGGGAGCUCCUACGAGCUGGGCAGGCUCGAGGAUCAAUUCCUCUGGGGUUUCACGCAGCGACUGAGGCGGCGCGCGGAGGAGGACCUGGCCCGGACCGGCGUGAAGUCAAUGCGCACCGGGUGGUGCUCCGACCAGGGCGGCACCAAUGAAGGACGUGGGCUUUUCUGCCCUGCGGCCACGGAGGAGCCCAGGGACACGCGAACGAACGUCGCAGAGCAUUUCAUGACGGAGUGCCUCGAGGAGUUGUCCGUGACGAAAGCACCACGUUUCGAGGAGCAGCUGCAUCGGAGCCCGAUCCAGGAGAAAAUGUCUCCCAAGAUCCCGGAGGCUUUGAUCGCGCAGUGCCUGGGAGGUGACAUGGGAGGUGGCACUGAGCCCCCCGAGGAAGAGACGCCAGAGGAGGCCGUCACGCCUGCGGUCGACAGCCGCGAGUUCGCCCUAGACUCCGUGUAUCGCAUCGUGCUCCCCAAGCUGGAAGUCCGUCUUGCCCUGGAGCAGCUACCAGGGGAGCGCCUUGGAACCAUGGAUAUCUCAAUUCCGGACCUCGCAGUGUGCUACUCCAGCCAUCUUGAUUGCAGGUACCUUUCCGUCUUCAGCAGCGUGGUCAGCGUGAAGGAGCAUCCCCCCGAAAUGAGAGGCGAAGAUCGCUACAGCCCAGACCCAGAGCGUGAGCCACGAGAAGGUCCCAGAGAAGUGGAGUCGGCCGACCACCUGGCCCGCACGGAGGAGCCGUGGUUCACUAUCUCGGUCGGCAUCAAGGAAAUUCUGGAAGAACUGGGCUGUACCGUCUACAACCCCAACACAGACAACCAGGAAAUGUACAAGGAGGAAGCCGACUCCCGCUGGCUCCUGACUUUUCAGGAGAACUUGGAUCGCAUCGAGGGGAGCAAGAGGGGAUUCGUGCUUCAGAUUCAGCAGGGUGUAGUGCGGGAGAAAACCUACAUGCAGCUCUCGGAAGAAAAGAUGGGCAAGAAGUGGCACAUCCCCCGUAUGGGUCUCUAUGCCUUUGCGAUCACCGAAACUCGAGGAGGCAACACCUUAGCGGAGAACUAUCUGGCCACCGCAGUGGAGAAGGCCCGGGAGCAGUGGGAGCAAGGUGUCAAGGACGAGGUGCAGAUGGUCUCAGAGUGGCUGGAGCCCAUCGGAGGAGACCGCGAGUUGAGCGUCAACGACGAGGGUGACAUCCAGGGCCGGGCGCGCUGCACGUUCCCGGACGGCGACAUUUACGAGGGAGACUACGAGGACGGCAAGUUUCACGGCAAGGGGACUUACACGUAUGCGGACGGCACCGUCUACGUCGGGGAGUUCAAGAACGGUGAUAUGAACGGCAAAGGGAUGUACACCUAUGCGGACGGCGGCACGCAUUUCUGCUUCGUCGAGCAAAACAAGGUCAAGGGCCGCUCGGUGAGGCUCAGCACGGACAAGAAGAAGGCCUGGCUCCUCAUGGAUGGCAAAGUCGAGCGCGAGGUCUCCGCCGAGGCUCGGAAGUUAGCCAAGGAGCUCGGCCUGCUGCCCCUUCCGUGCGACGAACCCGACUGCGAAGAACUCCCAGCAUGA